CCCUUCUCUGCUCCAAUGUUGGAAGAUCCAUAGCCUUUAGUCUCUCCUGUGUUGCCGCUACCACCAGAGAGAGAGAGAGAGAGAGAGAGAGGAGGAAGAGAGCAGAAGAGCCAUGUUUUGGUUUAAGAAAUGCUGAUGUAGGGCCUAAGCGAAGAAAGACGCCUUAUACAAAUGGCCAGCAUCGGUGACCUAUGACCUCAUAUGUAGGGAGACUGGGUGUCACAGUGAGGCCCGCAGGAGAAUACAGCACAGGUCCGAAGGAGGAGGACGUGUUGUUGAAGGUCUCGUGUGCAGAGAAGUUUACCACCGCUUAAGUUUACCAGGACACCCCAGACCCGUAACACGUUUCGACCAAAUAUACCAAUUGCGUCGACGUGAGGGUCUCAUUAUCCUGAUCAUCAUCAUCAUCAUCAUCUACCGCCUCCUGCGGCGGUAACAGUCGAAACGUGGGGCAACCAGAAGCGAGUGGACAGCAGAGGCGCGACCGACGGGGCUGGCCUUCUCUUUGACCCCAGGAGUGGCGGGCGGGGCAGAGCGGAGCGUGGGACGGCGGCCAGACAAGUGCGUGCGCUCGUACGUGUGUCCCUGCUGCGGGGACCGCUGGCGACCCAGCAGGACGACCGCAACGGAGCGCCGUCGCCCAGCAAAGGACCGGAGAGGAGUGGGACGGUUGCCACGUCGUGCCAGACGUGAGUGCCCGUCCAGGUGCCAUCUUAUUCCCCGCCGUAAGUCUCUCUCUCUCUCUCAACUGGUAAGUGUUAGAGCUCUCUUUCUCGUUCCCCGUCAGUUCUCUCUCUCCCUCGAAGUGGUAGACGUGUUGUGUUGUAGUGGGCUCGCGUGUCGAGGCGUACUGCCACGAAGGUGCUGGUCGCAGGCACGUGAGGGCGUGGCACAAGUUCGGUGAGCACACGAGAGUGUGUAGCGCUCGGCAAGCACGCGGGUGUGCUUCGGACUCGGCAGGCGCGCGAAGGCGUGCUACGGACUCGGCAGGCGCACAAGGGUGUGCUACAGACUCAGAAGGCACACGAAGGUGUGCUACAGACUCAGCAGGCACACGAGGGUGUGCUACGGACUAAGCAGGCACACGAGGGUGUGCUACGGACUCAGCAGGCACACGAGAGUGUGCUACGGACUUGAAAGCACACGAGGGUAUCACGGAGAGGAUCGACUACCUAAGCCCACGAGAGGCACCAUCGUCGUGUCCUAACGGAGAUGGCAGAGAAUAAAGCAGAAGCAAGCAGCCCACCGAGUAGUGAGGAACUACCCAGUCCUCCUGCAGUAGAGUGGCAACGAGAGACGAGCCCCAGUGUGGCAGAGAGAACGAGCUCCCGAAGGCAAAUUUGGCCAGAACAGCGGAGUGACCAAAUGAAGGAAAUGUAUGACCAUCUCAUGAGUACACUGCAAGGCGUGCACCGAGAAUUAGCUGCGCUCUAUGCUCCAGAAGCAACAGGAAGAGAUCACGCAACACAGAUGUCGCUGAAGCAGAACGUCAGCCACGCCAUGGCGUCUGAAUCGCCACUGACACAAAGGGGAGACUCAUCCCGGUUCGAGACGCAAGGACAGACGCCCAACCAGGGGGAGGGCGACGGGAGAAGGAACGAGCUCACUGCACCAAAUGGAAGCGUCAACUUGGGAGCUCGGGAGCCCACAACGGAGGCAUCAACAAGUGGAAACUGGAUGAAAGAAAUGACCACAAUCAUGCAGUUCAACCAGAGGCCUGUGCCCACCUUUAAAGAAGGGACGUGCGUCGAGUAUUGGACAUUCAAGGACAAUUUUGAGAAACACGUUCGGUCGGGCAACAUAACAGAUUCGCGGAAAUUGGAAUUGCUCAUCUCAGCAUACUCUGGCUCGGCUAAACAAGAUCUUCAUGGGUGCAACCGGUAUGCAGAUCCUACGGAGGGAUACCAGCAGGCCUGGUUGAUACUGAAUGACAGGCAUGGAAAUCAGCGAAAGUACAUUCAAUUCUUAGUGAGGGAGGUCAUGUACGGCCCAAACCUGAGCUUAGAAGACAUGGAAGGAGUUCCAAGCGAUAACCCAGAGGUGAAAAAGGAAACUGGAACCCUGAUGACAUCCGCUACCCAGAAGGAAGAAACCCUAGACAAACUGUGAAACAGAUACUCCUCAUGGUAUCGACUACUGAAAGGGACUACAUGGCUGAGGAGGUUCAUAACGUGGCGGGGCAACAAGGAAAGGGGCUCCCGACAAGAGAAAUUUCUGUCAACAGAGGAAAUGGAAGCAACGAGGUAUGCAGUACUGAAGUGUGUGCAACGAAGAUACUUUCCUGAAGAACUGAAAGCGCUACAACGAGGACAGCAGCUGAGAAAGAGCUCGAUAAGACAGCUGGAGCCCUUUCUAGACGCGGAAGGCUUGAUCAGGGUAGGCGGCCGGUUGAGGAGAGCUGCUCUUCAGCAAGAUCGAAUGAAUCCCAUCCUCUUACCCAAAGAAAGUAAGAUCACGGAACUCAUAGUGAGGGAAACACAUGAAGACAAGGCCGGACACUUGGGAAGGGAAUACACGCUCGCUAGAAUACGCGAGACCUACUGGAUCCCGAACUGCCGUAGAGUGCUGGACCGACUAUUACGCACUUGCGUAAUCUGCCGGCGUAACAAUUGGAAGCCUAAUAAGGGACGACCAGCUGACUUACCAGAAGUCCAGGUGAAGUCAGGCGCACCGGCAUUCACAUACGCUGGAGUCGAUUGUUUCGGUCCAUUUAUGGUAAAGCAAGGGGAGGGCCCGGGUAAAAAAGAU